AUGUCUACACGCACAUUCUCACAUACUCCCCUACGCCGCGAAAACCCAUUCAACCAACAGCCCUCACCAGGUCCGGAGGUGACAGGCGUGAGUGAGGUAGAGGUUAAAGGGGAUAAUUCUUCAAAGAAAUCGGGCGAAACUUCGGAAAAGUCUUUAGCAGAUGUACUCAGCAGCAAUCCAGCAUUCGCAGCUGUACUCUCAACGAUUUUAGGGCUAUCAGUAAUAUUUGCCUCAGGUGGUGUAUACUUAAUGUGGUACAAGUGGAGUGUACUCAACAAAAUGGAAGAUGCAUUCGCGCCUGGCUACGAUCCAGCGACGGAGCUAGCCAAGAUGUCAGAUGAGAGUGGGUUAUCAGACGAUGCAAUACACAUUAAUAGACCCGAGAAACCCAUAAUCAAGACUAUCAUCGAGGGUAGUGCACCGGGCAAGUAUUAUCUCCUCCUCGGUCCUAAGGGUACAGGCAAGGCUACAAUGAUUUUAGAUUCAAUGUUCGAGACAAAUAGCGAUCGUAUCGCGUAUUGCGAAACACACCCUGAUUUAGAAGUGUUUCGUCUACGCGUAGGCAAAGCGCUGAAUUACGAAUUCCUUGAGGACUUCUACGGCGCGCUUUUCCAGCGCCGCGAGCCUCGUGACGCUGGUCCUCUACUCGACAUAGAGCGUGCUCUGUCCAAACUCGAAAAGGUAGCGAUGCGAAUCCGCUCAAAACACGGCAAACCGAUAGUUUUCAUCUUUAACAACCUCCAUCUCCUUCAGAAUGACGAGACGGGCGUGGGAGUGAUACACCAGCUUCAACAACGCGCUGAAUCGUGGGCCGAGAGCGGCAUAGCUACCUUUGUUUUCACGAGUGAUGACUACUGGGUGCUCGACAAGCUCAAGAAGAACGCUAACCGGAUGAAAAUACUCUCUGUGCACGAUUUGCAGCGCGACGAUGCCAUUCGCGCUAUGCGUCGCAUGCGCAAGACAGCAUACAACUACAACAUUGACACUAAACUCGUUCGCAGCCUGCCAGAUCUCACCGAUGACGUGUAUGAGCAGGUGUACAGUCUUAUAGGAGGACGCAUGUCUCAUAUCUCCCAUAUUUCCCGCGAGGUGGAUAUUCUCGGCGCUGCUCGCCAGCUCAUCCAGACUGAGAAAGCGUGGCUGUUAUCGCAGAUUGGCUUGAUUCCAGAUAUGGAUGAUGACGUGAUGGAUGAGCAGAAGUGGUCGAGCUGCAGCUGGGCUCUGUUGGCUUAUUUGGCGAGGCAGAAAACGGUGGGGAGUGAAGAUGAGGAUGACGAGAGCACUGUACCAGACAACAUGGAUCCCGCGGCAAGCCCUCACGUCAGCUUCUAUAAAGCACGCCAACUCAUGACGCGCACUGAUUUCCUCGAACCACUUGAUAGAUUGAAUAUACUCAGCAUGGAUGUGAACCACAACGUCAGGAUGGAUUCACACGUAUUACUUACGGCUGCAAGGGAAUUUGUCAGCUUACCAAACUUUGAUAAGGAUUUGGAGGCGACUAUGAACCGUGUUUCGGAUAUUGAAUGGCUUGGAAGGACACGCAGGCUGGUGUUGACUAAAUCGGUCUGA